UUCAGAACUCAACACGUUAUGUGUGGCGCUGCGCUGGUUUUCUGUUGUUUCUGUUCUGCUGCGUGGCGACUUCAGCAUCUGACGAGAUUUCAGCAAUCUAAUGAAUAUAUAAUGACUUUAGAUCAAAUGUUUUCUUAUUUAUUUGCAUAUAUAAAUUUAUAACAGAGGGCGCUUUUAGAGUUUUAAAGACUUUGAGUUCAAACAUGCAGAGCGGCGAAAUAAAACAACGAAAAAAGACUUCAGAUGCCAAAGAAAACGGAAAGAAGAGAAAAUCAGAAGAUAAAGUUAAAGAUGAAGUCAAAAGAGAAGCAGAAGAGAAAGAAAACACGAUUAAAAGUUCAGAAAAGAGUUCAGAUGUGAAGCUCGUCAUGAGUUUGAUGUCUCUCGCGGUCUCUUUAGUGUUAAUGUGUGCUCUCUAUCAACAGAAUGUAAAGUUUGCAGAAAUGAAAGAACAAUACGAGCAUUUAUAUGAGAAGACACGAGGCGUCCUCGAGCUCCAGUCACAGAUGACCACAGUCUCAGAAAAGCUGCAGGCUUCCAUAGAUGAAUAUGAUGAGAUUCUGACCUCCACGACCCUGAUGACAAAGAUCAAACACGACAUCGCCUUCAUCCACGACACGUCCACAGUACUGCAGGAGCACCAGGAGACGUCUUCACUCCAGUACCAAACCAUAAACAACCGCUUCCAGAACAUCACGGAGACGUGGAGGAGCAGACAGACAGACGUGAGCGACGACCUGAACGAGCUGAAGACAGAAUCACGGUCCACGCACGGACGCAUCACGGAGCACGUCAAUGCCGUAGACGGACGUCUGCGCGUCCUGAGUGAACGUCUGCAGGAGGUGGAGGACGGCAUCAAGAGAAACUCACGAGUCUUGGAUCGGACGGAGGAGGAGGACGCUAGGAAAGUCCAGGAGCUUCUGGACUGGAACUCUGGACGGGUUUCUAAAUUCCAGGAGAAGCUCAGAUCUCUGACCAGGAGCCGUGAGGACCUCCAGAAGAGGCUGGAGAAGACGCUUCCUCGCGUCAAACAGUGGGAGAGCCGGCUGCCGGACGUAGAGGAGUCUGUCCGAUCUAUGCUUAAACUCCGAGCUCAGCUGAGCGACACAGAGAGGAGAUUAAAGGAGCUGACGCUACAGGUGCAGGACACAGAGGAGAAGAUGUUGAGGACUCCAACAGAACUCAUCACAUGAACGCUCGUGAUCCUGGAGUGACCUGAGAUCGCAAUCACUUACAGUCUGAAUGACAUCACAGAAACAAUCUGAGCCCAUAGUAUUGAUGUGUGUUUAUCUGCUGUUGCACAUGAAUGUUUUCAUUAUGGAGUUAAGUCAUUGUCAGUAUUGUGUGUUGUGUUGUUGUCGGACAUUUAAUUUGUGCAUGAAGUUUGAGCUCAGGUUCUUGUGUAUCACGUGACCAAAGAUGUUUAAACACAAAUAUACAAGAGGAAAUGAUUGAUUAUAGAUCUAAUACAGUACUAGAAGAAUAAUAAAACCUAUUAUUAUUAUUGAUAAAUUUAUAUAUUUAGCAUUCCUGUACAUCACAUGAUGUCAUUCUUACUGUGACAGGACUCAAAUAUUUCAGUAUAUAAGUGGUUUACAGAGGUCAUGAGUGAUAUUUAACUUUAAUGAUAUCUAAUGUGCUGGUCUGUAUACGCUUUAUUACACACUUAUUUUUGUUCAGAGCCAUUUAUAUUUUUGCAUUUGGCAGAUGUGACUUGUGGUCCAUUCAAUACAGGAACACAGAAGCCGUAAUUCUUAGCAUUUCUAGAUGUUAUCUUCGUAGAUUUGUAUAAUCAAGUCUAGAUGUCUAGUCCACGCUGCUGGCCAAUUGAGUGGAACGUCCGCAUUUGGCGGCCAACUUACCACAGGCAGCUCGCUCACUCGUAGCAUUGAGUUUUAUCGAUGCAAAUACUUUAAAUGACCAUAACUUAUUCAAUUUUCUACCAAUUUUCAAACGGUUUGGUUUGUUAUAAACGUCAAAGAUGUACCUCUGACAUUGCAUAAUUAUACUAAAAAAAAAAAAAAUUCAUUUAACAUGUCAAAGCAUCCAGAAUUUUAGCCACGUUAAUAAUGCUUGUAAGAAACCAAACCAUUUGAAAAUCGGUAGAAAAUUGAGCAAGUUGUGGUCAUUUAAAAGUGCAUGCAUCAUAAAACUCAAUGCUACGAGUGAGCGAGCUGUCUGAGGUAAGAUGGCCGCCAGGUGAUGACGUUAGAGACUCCGCCGUAACACAUCUAGCCUUUAUACAUAUCUCUGGUUAUCUUGAUAUCACUGCUGUUGUGUCUCUUAUGGAUGAUUUGUGCUCCAGAUGUUUUGCUGAUUUUAAUAAAACUAAAUGCUAUCUGAACUUCUGUGUCUUUAAAUAAACACACACAU